CAUGUGUGAUGUGGGAGUGACUGGGAGCUACAGGUUCAUAUAAGCUCUCCACGGAUGGACGGAUGACAAACCGUACGCUCCAGCGUUGCUUUCCUCCAGCCUUUUCCUGACAGUGAGAGACGAUGAGAGCGGAGGGCACCCAGUAAAGAGGAACUGCAGGGACGCUCGCAACUGACACCAACAAAAAUACCCAGCCGUCCAUUCUUCUCCAGGACUGACUGUGAGGAUGAAGAAAGCUGCACUGCUGCUGUCUUGUUGCCUGGUCAUGUCUUUAUCAGGCUCCCCGCUCUACCCGUCCAUCAGGUUCGGCCAGAGGGACACGUCCAUCCUGAUGACAUCUUCUGUGGAGAAUCCAGCAGAGCAGCAGGAGGACGACACGAGUCCUCCCAGGGAGCGAGCGGAGUUACGCUCCGGACGCCACGCUGAUGCCAUCUUCACCAACAGUUACAGGAAAGUGCUGGGCCAGAUCUCUGCCAGGAAGUUCCUUCAGACCAUCAUGGGCAAGCGGCUCGGAGAUAAAAGUGAGAGCUACGUGAAACGUCAAUCAGACAUCUACGAGGGGACGUACAAGGAAGAUCUAACGUCCAUCCAGAGCAACCAGAGACUGCUCAGCUGAGAGUCGGGGGAUCAGAUUGCUGCCGAAGCUCCUGGCCGACAGAAUUCUUCAUCGCCAGAAAGGCUUAAAAGGCUCUCUGCGGAUGAAAAUGAUGUGGUCACUGUUUUUUUUAUUUAAAUGAAAUGUAAAGCCCAGCUCAUGACUGUGGAAUAAAUGGCACUGAGGAAAUUCAA